UGUUUGUCUUGGUGUAUGAGACUGGGAUACAAAGGUCAGCUCCGAAUCCAGCUUCACCCGAAUCCAGAGACCUGGGCAGCGCGACCAGCAAGGCCUCUCUUAUCACUGGUAAUAUACCAUCUUAUCCAUCAAGAAGAGAAAGAUGCGUAUGGGACCUCUUGUCACCUGAGCACUUCUGCCUAAUACUGCUCCAUAUAUAAAGUGAGCAGCGUGAUCCAGGGUCCAACUCACAGAGGACAGCAGGUGAACAGCAGCUAGAGUCCCAGCCCAGUGACCAGACUGACCAUGUCUCACAAAGCUGCACUUCUGGCUUUGCUCCUGGCCACCGUCUCAGCUGCUCAGGCUGAACGGGCGAGGAAUGGGUUCUGGGAUUACCUCAGCCAGCUCACUCAUGACAAGGACAGUAUGGCACAUACCCAAAGCAUGAAGCUGGACCAAGAGAUCAAAAAAGUGAAAGAAAGUAUCCAAGAAGGAGUUAACUACAUGGGAAAUCUCCUUGAGAAACUGGCCCCACUCAACAGAGGACUUCAGCCCCGGUUCUACCAAGACUCCGACAGCCUGCGAAGGCUCAUCAGGAAGGAGCUGGAAGGCCUGAGGGUGAAACUGUCUCCUUAUGUGGAUGAGGUGCACCAAAAAAUCAGCAAGAACCUGGAAGUGCUUCGCUUCCAGCUGACCCCAUUCACCCAAGAGCUCCUGGACCAGGUCAUGCUGAAAGCUAGGGAGCUCCAGCAGCACCUCACCCCCACUCGAGACGUGAAGGCCCAGUUUCUGGAAGGCGUAGAUGAGGUUCAGAGGUUUGUGUCUCAGUAUGCCAAUAAAAUAGCCUUUCAUACUGACCAAGUGAAGGAGGUCUUCCAUCCGUACGCUGCCAGACUGGUGACGGAGAUCCACCGCAACGUGGAAGAGCUCCAUAGAAACGUCAUCCCACACACCAAAGUCAGCCCGGAAAAACUCAAUCAGUACAUCCAGGAGCUCUCUGAGAAGCUGACCCAGAAUGCCAGGGAUCUCCACCAGAAGAUCCAGAGGAAUCUGAACCACCUCAAGGAGCAGCUGCGCCUUUACCCCAGUGGCCUCCGGGAGCCCAUUGCUGGCACUACUGUAGACCCUCCCUGGGCUGUGGACCCCUACAUGGAGGGUCUGGCUCAGGAAGUGCAGCAGAGAAUUGAGGAGUUCAGAAGGGACACGUUCCUCCAGAUAGACGACUUCACCAGAACCAUUGACCGGGAGACAGAAGAAAUGAAGUUCAAACUGUCUCCACUGUCCUCAUACUCAGAGGAGUUUCAGGACAGCUCAGCACCUCUGGAGGAUUUGCAUGUCCGGCUUGACUCUCUGUGGAAGGAUAUUUCCCAGAGUUUAAAUGAGAAAAGCAGCGAUUUACAAUGAAAUCCUGUACCUGUGUACAGAGAGGGGUGUGCGUGAGCGUGUGUGUGUGCUCGUGCGCAUGCUUAAACCAUGCUAGUGGAAAAGAAAAACUGUCAAGAGGUCAUGUCCUACUCUACUGCACUGUUGGCUAAGGACACUUGUGGCCAUGACUUGGACAACUAUAACAUGCCAUCAACAUGGCUUCUCGUGCCACAUAAGUACAGCUCUUUUGUCUAGCUGCAGUGCUAGUCCAGAGUUCUCAAAUCUGACGGGCGUUCAGCCAGCCCCUCCCUCACUGCCCGGCAGGCCCCUGCGGCUGAAAAAACACAGCAACCUGCUCUCUCUUAGAAAGAUAAAGCCACAAAGUCACCUUCUGUCAGAAGGAUACAAUUUUGUGACUCCGUAUUGAAUCAUGUCAUUUUACUAAAAUAAUUCCACAAACUAGCAUUGCUGUGGUCUUUUGAAAGCCAAAUGGGCAGAGUGCUUAUCUCAGCAGCAGGAAAGAGGGAAUAAGUACCAUACCUGUAAUUACCUAUAGCAGUGAUUCUCAAACUUCAGUGCACCAUGACUCCCCCGCCUUCUGACAACAAAAAUUACUACACAACCCCAGGAGGGGGGGACGGAAGCCUGAGCACACCAUCCCGGGCUGGGGGUGUGGGGAGCAAAGCUGAAGCCCAAGGACUUCUGCCCUGGGCAGGAGGCAUGUAACCUUAGUCCCCCUUCCCCUUGGGGCUUGGGUUUGGGCUUCAGCCCUGGGUGGUGGGGCUUGGGCUUUGGCUUUGGCUUGGCCCUAGUCCCCAGCAAAUCUAACACCAGCUUUGGCCCCGACCCACAGUUUGAGAACCUCUGACCUAUAGCAUACACUAUAUAUAUAUGGCCCAGUUUUAUAAACCUUACUCACAUUGACUUCAGUGAGACUACUCAGGUGAGUAAGUACUAGUCAAUGGGAGUAAAAGGUCCAGCAUCUGGUCCAUACUGUAUGUCUUUGGAUUAAUACAGAGUUGAAAUGUUGAAUUAUUUUUAAACUCUUGAAGCUGGACUUCUGGACUUUAACAAUCUUCUCUGUGUUACUAGAGUGAAUAGUACAUGCUGCUAGUGUAUUGCACCCUACUUAGGUUACUCUGCAGGGUUAACACUUUCCUUGCACAUUCUGUGUAUAUAUAAAAUAUCCCUCUCUAUAAUCACAGCAUUUUUUAUGGAACAGUCGAUGGGAAUUCAGGUGUUUGGAUGUUGUAAGCCACAGCCACAACGGUAUUGAUAUGCCAUUUGCUAUACCAGUUUUAUGGUUUCUUCCCCUGCAAUUUAACUGUCAAAUCUGCUUCAAUAAAGUUACAUGUUGUUAGAUUUCUUU